AUGAGCCAAGGACAAAAUAUGCAGGGGCAUGCUGGAGUCCCUUAUCUUGGAAGCAAGAUCAGCUUGAUAUCGAAAGCAGAAAUCCGGUACGAAGGCACACUCUAUACGAUUGAUCCCAAGGAGGCGACAGUUGCUUUAGCUAAAGUUCGAUCUUUUGGUACGGAGGACAGGCCAACAGACAGACCUCUGCCAGCGAGAAAUGAAAUUUUUGAAUUCAUCAUAUUCCGUGGCCAUGACAUUAAAGACCUUCAUGUGUGUGAGCCUCCCCCACCACAGCCAACCGAAGGUGUCCCUUUGGAUCCAGCAAUUGUUAAGUCAUCACAGCCACCUCCCGGACCUGCUGGAGCAGCAUACACAGAUGCACCUCCUCGCUUCCAGUCGAGGCAGGUGUACCAACCUUUUGUUCAGCCGGUAUACUUUACCCAGCAGCCACCAGCACCAGGAUUUUCUAUGCAACCUUCGCAAGACCAGGUCCAUCAGCACAGCUCCACAAGUGAAUCCUCACCAAGGAUGGGUCAGUCAACGGAACAGCUGAAUCAGGCCCCUGUUAUGCCAGCCUUCGGUGCAGGAUCCGUCGCUGAUUCAGUCAACUCCACACCGCCAUUGAGCAGAAAAUCUCCAGCGUCCGAUCAGGGUCUUCAACCCCGGUCUGACAGCCCAGAAUACAUCUCAUAUAAUCGCCAGUACAGCAACAAGCAGUCUUACCAGCGGCACCCCCAGCAGCAGCAGUACCUGCACCAGCAUGAUCAGGGAGGGAGGAGAGGAGGUGCAGGAUUUGUCCAGAAUAACUUUGGGAAUUAUCGGGACAGAGGGGAGAGGGAACAGUCUUCUUAUUCCAGAGAGAGGAUAAGUAACAGAGAAUCCAUGGGAGGGGCGCCACCUCGUGGGCGAGGCCGGGGAAGACCGUCUCACAGUCGAGGCCGGCGUGGGUACAGAUCAUCAGGGCCGUUGAAAUUUGACACUGAGUUUGACUUUGAGACUUCCAACGCUCAGUUUGCCAAGGAUGCCGUGGAGCUGGAGCUGAAGAAUCUUUCGCUGAAUGAUAAAUCUGUAAAUGGUGAUAGAGGAGAGGAAGAACCUGAUGUUGAGGACGACGAGUUAGGUGAGGUUGAUGAAGACGAGCCAGUCUUCUACGACAAAACAAAGUCAUUCUUUGACAACAUUAGCUGUGAGGGCACAGAGAGGUCUAAAGGGCAGCGACAUUCUUGGAAAGAGGAACGUAAGCUGAACAGCGAAACAUUUGGGGUUUCACAAAACUUUCGCCGCAACUACCGUGGCAGGGGUAACUGGAGAGGUGGCAACAUGCAUGGCGGAAGGCAAGGGGGGCGUGGGAGAGGAGGUGGAGGCGGGCGUGGUGGCUACAGAGAUGGUGACGGCUAUGGCAGAGGAAGGGGCGGAUAUUACAGAGAGGAUGAUGGUUAUCACAGGGAUAGGGGCAGCUACGGUCGAGAAGGCGGUGGAUAUCACCGAGGUGGUGGCGGCGGUUACAGUCAAGAU